ACCACCUUAACUUUGCAUUAUUUUUUUUUUAUUUCGCUGCAUUAUUUCAUCUUUGUUGACGUCGCGAACUCGUAACAUCUGUUUUAUGUACCUGUUCGCGUUAUAAUUAGUGGGAGUGGAAAAGCAAAAAGUUGCGUUUUUUAUGCUGCAUAUUAAUGGUCGCGCGAGUGCACGAGUGACUUAAAUGCAUUCUGAUACCGGAUAAGACUCGCCUCGCGAACUUCUUUCUCACGAAAUCGCUUCAUGGUGCAACAUGCACGCGCUACCGUUAGUCCCAUUGUUGUUCCAAAUUUGUUUGGGAUUCACCGGACGCGGACUCUUUUAUCCCGGUAGAACGGACCUGUUCGAGUUAUCGAUAAUUCAUUUAAACGACUUUCAUGCCAGAUUCGAACAGACGAGCCCGUACUCUGGAACCUGCCGAGAGAACCACGAAAAAGAUUGCGUAGGAGGUUUUGCCAGGGUUUACACCGCAGUGAAUCAGCUUGUGGAGGAACGGCCAAAUGCGAUUUUCCUGAAUGCUGGUGAUCACUUUCAGGGGACUCUCUGGUAUAAUAUUCAUCGUUGGAACGCCACUGCCUUCUUCAUGAAUAUGUUGCCACACGAUGCUAUGACGAUCGGCAAUCAUGAAUUCGAUAAUAAAAUCGAGGGCGUUGUUCCCUUUCUUAAAAAUGUCAAUGCGCCAGUUGUAGUAACAAAUAUCGAUGACAGUGAGGAGCCAACUAUACAGGGCUUAUAUAAGAAUAGCACAAUUAUUGAGAGAAACGGUACAAAGAUUGGCGUUAUUGGUGUCAUUGCAUCGACUACGAACUUACUUUCGAGUACAGAGAAAUUGAAGUUUUUGGAUGAAGUAGAGACAGUCAACGAUGAAGCCAAGCGACUGAAGGAAAAGGGAAUAAACAUUAUUAUAGUUUUAAGCCACUGUGGAUUGGAUGUGGACAGGAUCAUGGCUGCGAAAUGUCCUUUAAUCGAUGUAAUCGUCGGCGGUCACUCGCAUACAUUUCUCUAUAGCGGACCUCCGCCCUUUAUCGAUACACCAGAGGACGAAUAUCCCGUGGUCAUAAAGCAGAAUGAGACAGACAGAACAGUCCUCAUCGUUCAGGCAGCUGCUUAUACAAAAUAUUUAGGUAAUCUGACGGUCUGGUUUGACGAUCAAGGCGAGGUCGUCGAUUGGGACGGAAACCCACUUCUUUUAGAUCAUUCCAUCGAAGAAGAUCCGAAGAUCUUGGAAGCUUUGAAGCCAUGGAAGAAAGUAGUAGAUGAAACGGCGUUAAAAAAAAUCGGCAGUACGAGAGUCUUACUUGAACAUAAUUGUCGCAACAAAGAGUGCAACAUGGGAAAUCUUAUAACCGACGCCAUGGUGGAUGCGUUUGUCAAUGAUGCAGAAAAUAAAACGCAUUGGACAUAUGCAGCAGUGGCCUGCACGAAUUCAGGAGGAAUUCGAACUUCUCUUGAGGAGUCUGAGAUUACCUACGGUGACCUGAUGAUGGUUCAGCCCUUCGAAAACACUUGGGAUACUGUUGAACUAACUGGAGAGUCCAUUAGAGAAAUUUUAAAAAAGGAAGAAUUACUAGUCUGGUCCGGACUAAAAAUUACUUACAAGAAAGUCAAGAACACUCGAACUUUGGUCGACGUUAAGAUUAGAUGCCAGGCUUGCGAGUAUCCGAGAUUCGAAAAUUUAGUGGAUGAUCAAUGGUACAGAAUAGUUGUAGCAAAUUUCUUGAUGAAUGGCGGAAACGGCUUUAACAUUUUUAAAGAUAAAGGUCGUAACCAUAAAAUCGGAACACUCGACAUAGAUCACUUUAUAAAAUACGUAGCAAAGAUGAGUCCCAUAUUUAUUGGAACCGAGAGACGAAUCAUCAUUGUAAAGUAGAAAUCGUAGAUUUAGAAUAAAGUGUAGAAUCAAGUUUUUUAGAUUAACACAGAAAUGAAAUAUUUUAUACAAUAUUUUUAAAUAAAAUAUAAGAAUUUUUUGUUUCAUACUACUAUAUUAUUUUUUUUCGACUUUGUAUUCAAUUUCUCGUAUAAUCAUUAAAAAAUUCAAUAAGUCAAAACUGAGAUGGAUUUACAUUU